GCCCUCUUCCUGUCAGUUCAUCCCCCGCGCAAGUGCCUGCUUGGAAUGGCGGCUCUUUUGGAAUCGCUACUGGCAAGGAAAGUGGACCUUAGUAAGGUCUUGGACUGGCUGAAGAAUAUCCAGCAGGAUAGCAACAGUCUGACCUUCAGCGAUCCGGAGUCCACCGUCAGCAAGCAAGAAUUCAUCCCCUUCCUGCUUAACUUUCUGCGAGAUCAGAGCAGCCAGGCCCUCACCCAUGGCCCCUCCACCCCCGCCAAGACCCCCAGGCCAACCGCCUCGGCACAGGGCCCCGCCGAGAGGAGGGCCGGCAGGUCGACGGGCGGCGGCUGUCGCAGCGGCAGCCGGGUGCAGCUAUUCUCGCCUGCGGCGUCCUCGGGCUCCGAGUCGGGCUUGAGUCACGUCAGCAGCCCUUCCUUUUCCACCGGUUGGAGUCCGGCGUCCAGGCCCUCGGGUUCGGAGCGAAGGCCGAGCCAGAGGAUCAGUCUUGGAGACUACGUGAUGUCUUCCCCGGAACUCCAGAAGGGUCGCAGAAGGACCGGGAAUGGCGCGGGGAGGCAUGCGGGAGGAGGGCGGGCGGCGUAUCACGCCGGCGACAACGGGAGGAGAACCGGUAGAGGAGGAGCCUUGGGCGGGGCCAGCGAGCAGGUUUCUCCUCCGUCUGCGGGUCAGCUUAAUUUCAACAACUUGGAGGAAUUCCCACCCGUCGGCUCGUCGCCUGUUACCCCUACGGAAAGCAAACCAUCCAGAAGAAUCAACCCAACGCCAGUAAGCGGCGAGCGGUCACACUCCAAGCCAAAGACGUGCUUCACCUCCACGCCCUUCACGGAAGCCCCCAGCCCGACGUCGGCGGGGACGGAGAGGCCCGACAGGUGGGUGGCAGCGGCCAGUCCCCACAGCCUGAUGGAGGAGAGGGAGCUGCUCAAGAGAGAAAAGUGUAAACGAGCCCAGCAGACCUGCUCUCCUCCGCCGGCCUCAGAGGACCCGCACACCCCCACCAAGUCCGGGGUCGGAAGACUCGACUCCAAGGUGACGCCCGAGCAGCAGGCGCCCUGUCCUGACCCGUCCAACGUCACGCUGACCUCGGAGCUGGACGUGCUGGCGGAGCUGUACUGCGCCUGCAUUUCCGAAAACCAGGUGCCAAAUGUUUUUCUGGAGCUCUUCUUUGCGAUGCAGCUGCUCACGUCUCAAUCUCGCCCUCCCGACGACGGCGAGGAAGAGGAGGAGCGUGUGUGUCCGCUCAACACGAAUGUGCUGGAGAGACGCUACCUGAAGAACGUGCACAACUGUGUCUACUUUGCGGUGAAGGUGCUGGAGCAUCAACAUCAGUUGUUAGCUCACCUGGACAAGUGCACGUUGCGUCUUCUGGCCGAGAACGAGAGAGUGGCGUCAUUCUCGCCGCUCCUCAGGGAUCGUUUGACUCGGGCCCAGGACGGACGUACAGCCAAGCGCUCUCCCUCCGUUUCCACCUUCAUCCACUCGGUGCCCUUCCAGCCCGCCACGGACAAUCGCUCCAACUUCGGCAGUGACAAGGCCUUUCACACCUUCAAAAAGCAAAGGGACAUUUUUUACGAGGUGCUGCGAGAAUGGGAGGACUUCCACAAGGAGCCCGGCUGGAACUUCGACGUCACCCUCGGGAGUCGCAUCAGAGGAAUGAUGAGUCAGCUGACCGCCGCUGGAAACCACUCGCACUUUUCUCGUCUCUUCCUCAAGCAGCUCGUUCAGAUGUGUAAGGGACCUCGCGCGAACGGCCCCACCGGCGACAACCCCGACGCCGACCUGCUCGGCAUGCUGGGAGCCGACGGCCUGGGCCGCCUGAAGCGUCUGGAGGAGCGUCUCAUCCAGCCUCACGGCAUCGGCGGCCCCUGCCCGCCGCCGUCCUUUCCCGGCCACCAGGAAUUCUUCCGGGACUUUUUGCAAGCGGCCAGUUGCUGUCAGCUGAACCAGCACCUGCAGGACAGCUUGUGUCAGCAGCUCCUCCAGCUGGACGAAGUCUCCAUCUUGACUCCCGUCGGAGAACAAGAGGACGGCGAAGAGGCGGCCGGCGAAGGGGACCUGGAGCAGCAGGACGAGAAACAGCGCUUCGCCUCGGUGCUUCUCCUCGCUCGUCUCCUGGCCAAGUUCUUGGGCUUCAUCUCCUUCUUACCGUACCGGACGACAGAGAAGCCCUCCAGGGAGAUCCAGGAGGCGGCGGUCGCCCUGCGGAGCAAGAGCAUUCCUGUGCUGGACGUGUGCGGCGUGCUGAGGAACAGCGUGAAGCGCAGGCGCACCAUCUUGACCGUGCCCUGGCUGGUGGAGUUCCUCUCCAUGCUGGAUUUCUCCGGGCCGCUGCUGCCCACCUACAGGGUGGUCCUGGGCACGCUGUGUCUCCUCUACAGGAAAAUCAUUCCGGGCAGAUGCAGCGAGACGUCUUACCUGAACAGGCUGCUGAUUGUGUCCGUGCUGGGGUGGCUCUUCCAGAUCCCGGUCAUCCCAGAGGAGCUGUUCUUCACCAGCGACUUUACCAAGGUGGCCGAGCUGGAGGAGAGCGACGCCGAUGCCGCCGGACUCGACUGCAUCCUGCUGGUGGACCAGCAGCUCCUCUACACAUGCUGUCCCUUUCUUGACGAGUUCCGCAAGCUCCUGGCAGCCUUCGUGUCAGGCAGCAGCGCCAAAGGCGGCGGCAUCGUCCGCAAGAUCACGCCGACGUCGGCCGAGCCUCGAGACGUGGCAGGCGGCGGCACGCGGUCGCAGCAGAAACUGCAGGCGGACCUGGAGCAAGCGUUCUUCCACAACCAGCCGCCAUCCCUGCGUCGCACGGUGGAGUUUGUGGCCGAGCGGGUCGGCUCCAACGCCGUCAAGCACAUGAAGGCGACGUUAGUGAGCGAGCUGGUGGAAAGAGGGGAUAAGAUGCUCCGAGACGGCCUGGAGUCACCCAAAGCCGACCCUUCCAAACUCAACGAGUCCAUCUGCGCUCAGCUCUGUGAGGCGGGACUGGAGGCUCUCAGCAGAGCCACCAGAUUUUGCUGCGAAAAGAGUCCAGAAGCCAUUCGCAUUUUGCUCCCUGAUGACACCGCCCCUGCUGUGCUGUCCACCUCUGAAAACAUCACCAUCCACCUGGCCACAGAAAAAGCCUGCAGCUGGCUCUCCGCUAACAUAACCGCGCUCAUCCGCCGAGAAUGGAAAUGCAGGUACGAGCGCCUCAUCAAAACUCUGACUGCCGAUUCGGCCGACGAGUCGGGCCCGCCGCUUACCCCCAAGAGGACGCAAGGGGGCGCCAGAGUCACGUCCUGCCCUCCCUAUUGCACCCACGCUGCCUCGCUGCCUUCUGACGUACUUAUCGCCAUCAAGGACCUGCUGAGCGUGGCCGCGGGGCCCAGGAUGGACGAGGAGCUGCCGACCGGCUCGCAACUCCAAAAGCUCUUCCGGAAAGUGCGAGACACGCUGGGCUGCAAAAAGUUCUUAACAGCCGUGUCGGAGCAGAUGCUGCUCAACGCCACCGUUCUGCUGGCCUGCCAAUUGGUGUCUGCAGAGCUUCCUCUGGCUCCUCUGUUGGGUGGCGCCGAGUCGGAGCCUUCUGUCAGAGCGCUGCUGGAGCAGCUGAGCGAGCUUUGGGAGCAAGACGACUGUCGCAGUGCCCCCCUCCACCUGCUCUUCACCCCGCUGACCAUCACCGCCGUCCUGGAGGCCGGCGGCAACGAGUGGAACAACUACUUGUAUGUAGUGAGGAGACUGGUGGAUCGAGGCCUGCUGUCUGAUGAGGAGCUCGUAUCACACCGGACCAAACUGUCGAAGCAGAGCCUUCCAGCUGAGCUGAAGGAGAAGUUUGGAGACAGCAGCGCCUCCUGUCAAGUAGACCUGCUGCAACUCUCUAAACAGACGUUAGAGGGCGCCACAUAAACCAAAGAAACACAGGCGUUGUCCUGUAACUUGUAAAAUAGAAAGUUCUAUAUAUGCAAAAAAACAUUGAUCAAUGUAGCACUUUUGACAUGCGAGUCCUUACAUAAAUGCACGGCUGCGUUUCCUCACUGUCUCCCUGUUAUGAUGCUGCUUGUUUUGUUUGUUUUUAAAGAAAAUUUUAAUAUUUUGCCACUGAGUUGACAUGUGGAUAAUCAUAAUAAAGAAUUCUAAUGUUUACAUAA